AUUCGCUGGUUAAGAUCAGUGGGUAAGGUUGUCGCAUUUUCGAAGUGAGAGAGACGAGAAACGGCAUUUUUUUCAAGUCCUCAGUCCUCAGAGAAGAUGUUAAGUUCAGUUCUUGUCUUGUCCCUCGUCUUUUACCUCUGCGAUGCCGCCCCAGGACGAGUUGGCUUUCCAUUGAAUCGUUUUCCAGGCGCGCAUAAACUGCAAAUAAAGAAGCGCGGCUCAGUGGAUUCAAGCGCAUGUCUGGAUGCCCAUAAUACCAAGCGCGCUCUACAUAGCGCAUCGCCGCUAACGUGGGAUGACGAUCUGGCUCGCAAAGCUCAACACUGGGCAAAUCACCUGGCUAGUAUUGGAUCUCUGCAGCACGAUCCGAAUGCUAACGCGGGAGAAAACCUGUACAUGUCAUACAGCUCAGUGCCUCAAGAAACUUCAUGCCAAGACGCGGUUGACGCCUGGUACGCUGAAAUAAAGGAUUAUGAUUUCAAUAAUCCUCGGUUUUCCUCUAAAACUGGUCAUUUUACGCAGGUUGUGUGGCAAGCAACAACUAAACUUGGGGUGGCUAAAGCGACAACAGUUCGAGGGCAGGGUUAUGUAACCUACAUUGUCGCUCGAUAUGAUCCACCAGGAAACUAUCAAGGGCAGUUUGCUGAAAACGUUUCGAAAAACUGAUCAAGAUGACGCCGGUCUCUGGAUUCUGUUGAUGUAUUCUAUUGGACCCGUAGUAUGCACCACAAAGACAAUUGCACUCAGGAACAAGAUCAUUAAUUUUAGUUAUGUUAGACCAAUAUUAUAUCAUUCACAACAUUGUGACAGGAGCGCUGGUAGGAGCUUGUAAAUGUGACAUUUCUUCUAAAUAGA